AAUCUGUCAAGGACAUGGCUCAAAAGUUUCUUCUCUAUAUUAUGACUAAUCAUGACGUGAGUACAAAUCGAGUAACCGUGUUACAGGCCUUGAAGAUUUCUCUGUGUUGGCGAGCAGCAUCUAUGUCAGGGCACAGCUUGGAUCGUUGUGGAUCUCUUUCAGUUGCAAAGAAACAACUUAAAUUUGAAUGUACUGAUCAGGAGGCUUAUUCUGUGUAUUCAAAGUUGCAGAUAUUGGAGGAAAAGUUUCCAUGCCAAACAGGUGCUUUGGAGACUUUGAGCGUAGAAAACAUUCCGGAUAACCAAUCGCCUUCAAAAAUAGUAAAUGAUGUAAGAGAAGCUUCAGAUUGGAGGGAUAUGGAUACAGAAGCAAAUGGCAAUUUGACUGCAGGAGUGGCCGAUGAGUUUCACUUUGGUGACAAGGCCUCUAAACAGCUAAUAUCACUGCAAGGUCAUCCAAUUGGUGAAAGCCUCCCGGACUUUGGAUCUUAUAAUGAAAAUCCUUUUAAAAAUCAAAUUGAUGUUAUUGACGAAGUCUUUUUGAAAAGAUCAAAAGAUCUUACUCAGAGGCAGCUAGCUGAAUUAUGUAAUUUUCAUAAACAGAUGAAUAAGAACAAGUUGAAGUUGGAAGAAACUCAUGAACUUGAUUUGAAACUUAUUCGCUCCAUACAUAUUGAUGAGAGAAUCAGAAAAGACAAAAUAAAUAUUUUGCGUCAGGAAUUCUCUAAUAAGUUGGGCAGGUUUGAUCAGCACCGUAAACAACAAAAGCAAAAACUUUUGUCCAUGCAGCUCGAUAUGCUAAAAAAAGAAGAGCUAAAGUCUAAAACUGGUGUGAUGGAUGAAUCCGUGGAUGCUAUUCCUAGGUCUGAAAGUGGAUUCAGGCUAGAAAACUUUUUAGAGACUAGUGAAUUAACUACUAAUUACAGAAAAACUGGAGCUACAAUUUUUGAUUUCACAUGCCCUUCUGAUGGGACAAUCAUUGGAUAUGAAGGUUGUCUUGAAGUUCCAUCAAAUAUUUUGAACGAACAGGAGGAAAAUGAUAGACCGGGAGAUGACACGCUGGCUUCUUGUACUUUAGCUACAGGUGAUGAUUUGGAACAAAUUGUGCAAAAUAGAUUGUCUGCGGCAACAGCAAAUUGUCCUGGGCUGUCAGAUGUGCUACCCAUGAAUUCUGGGAUUUCAGCUCCUCAAUCUGAAGUGUUCAAACCAUUCAGUAGGUUAGAACGUUUCAAUUUUAAUCAACAGGAAUGUUGGGCCGAUUCAAAUGUACAACUGGUGCCUGACCCAGAACCAAAGCAGACUGUACUUCUUUCCCCGGUGCAAGGGUUAACAAGUUAUGUGCCUGCAAGUACUCUGUCCUCAACGCAGGGAUUAUGUACCAAUAAGCAUACAAGACCUGCUGAGGCUCUUACCAAUGACAAUAAUCAUGACACGGAUUCUGCCCAAGAGGUCACUGUUACAGCUUCAGAUUCAGUUGUUAACCUAUCACCUCAUAUUGAGAUGAUGACUUGUAAUGACGUGGCACGAUCAUACUCUACCAAUAUUCCAUUACCUCAAGCCGAGCAUGAACAAGAAAGGCUUCCACCAACAGGAAACCAAGAAGCGACUCCCCAGCCACAUCAUUCUGUUGAACUGUCUGAAAUUCCAGCUCAACAGGAAACCAUGAAUUUAGCUAUUGAAAGUGAUCCAUCUAACAGUCAGAUUCCAGAGAAUGCCAUUCAACCAUUGAGACCCCAGGAGUAUCUUCCAUCAGAAGGAAUAGCCUCUGAACAUCUUGGAAACACUGUUAUCCAGUACGGCAGGGCUUGUGAUUGGUCACAUUCUUCUACUCAACAGGCUGAAGUUAUGGUUCAAGCUGCAGUUUCUGAAGGCGAGCCAUCUAUCCAGCAGAUCCCUGAUCCUAUGAGAGCCCAUGAAGAUCUGCAGUUUGAAAGGACACAUUUGGAACAUCUGAGAAGCACUGACAUUCAACGAGAUGAACCAAGCCAAUUUUUCCAGAAUUUCUCAUCAGUGCCACGCCAAGCAAUUCAUACUGACCCCAUAAGGAAUGAACUAAUCAGAGUCCAGACACAAGAUAUUUCAUGUACUAAGCAACAUGAGAAGAAGAAACUAUUGCUUCAGUCAAGGUGUGAAGAAGAGAUGGAGAAGGUAAGAAGGAAAUAUAAUAUGCUACUGCAGGAUGCUGAGAAAGAGUAUCUUCAAGAAAAAAAUAUACUUCUUAAAAUAAUUCAAAAGAUUUGUUGGCAUAAAGCUUUUGCGGAGGAUGUUAGUUCGAAUUUCUAUGAUCAUCAAAAAGGUUCAUCAACAUCUUUCCAAGCUCCAAGCCAAAAUUCUUCUCAGCAUCCUCAAGCUUCUGCUCCUGUGCCACUCUCAACUACGUUUCAGCCUCACGCUUACCAGAAUACAAAUCUGGCUUCAACUCCGCAUUUUCUUCCCAUUUCAAGACCCCAAGCGUCUUCCACUGGAUUAGUAAAUCCCCGAGGAAUCUUGCAGACUGGUCCCAUAAAUCUCCGUCCGAACCUGCAUGCUGGUCGUUCACCUGCUCCCCAUCUUCAACGUGGCAGAGCCCCUCAUGCUUCAGAUUCUACUUUCAGCACACCACUUGCUUCAGUUGCCACUAUGCAGCCCACACCCCCCUCUCUGGUUUCUACCGCAACCCCUGCAGUUCCUCCACCAAAUCUGGCUUCUUCUUUUCCAGCACCAUUUCCCUUCAUGGACUCAAACAUUUUGAAUACUUUUGGAACCUUACAGCCUGCAAGGUUUGGGACAUCACCCCAUUACUUUGGUAUACCUCAGUCUGAGCUGCCUCAUUAUGCCGGACCUGAUGAUGGCCUGCUUGAAUCAUUGUUGGCCAACUUUCCUGCAGCCGAAGCCCAUGCCGAAACUGUAAUCGAUUCGAGGCCUAUUACUUCACCUGAUUUCAUCUACUUCACAGACGAUGACUAACUGUUGCAGUGAAGAUGAAGCAUGAAAAACAAGAGAGAACAUACAAACAUGACGACAUGGAAUAAAAGACGUCCGUGGGGGACGACGAGGACAGAGGCUGUUGGGCAAUUGUUGGUGGCUGAGGAAAGAGGGUUGCAGCUAUAGUGAGGUGGCAGGAGGGAUGAGCAAUCGCCGGAACAACAAGACAGUUAGGGGCUGUAGUCCAAACAACAAC